AUUCUUUCCCGUACCCGGUUUUCUUCCCCGUCCCUCUCCCUACCCCUUCUUAUUCUUCUUUCCCACUGUCCUUUUCAAAGGCUUCUUUUCAAAGGAAUCCAUCUCAGUUUGCUGUCUCCUCCUUUCCAUCUAGGGGGUCGCCAGGGGCCGUCUUUCGCUCGUUUUUGUGAGGGCUCGGCCCAUUGACCAGCCUGCACUUGCCUGGCCUAUGGGCCGGCCCGAAGAGGCUAGGCCCAAGGCCACACAAUGCCCUAUGGCACGAAGUGAUAGAGAAGAAGACUCCUAUCAGGUGACACCAUGCCCUAUGGCACGAAGCGACAGAGAAGAAGACUCCGUCCUCCGAAUCUAGUGAAAAUCGAGGACUCCUAGGACAAUCCAAGUUCAUCUGUGACUCGAAGACUUUGCUUAUUUAACUUUCCUCCUCCUCCUUGAAUUUCCUCCACUGGAACGUCAAGAAUAGCCGUCGAUUUCAAGCUUCUUCUUCGAGCCUUCUUCCUCGUUUCCUCGCUGGAAAGAGUCGCCGGAGGCUUCGCCGGACCAAGAUUGAUUCAACCCAAAAAUGGGGAUAUAUCUUAGCACUCCAAAAACUGAGAAGUUUUCUGAAGACGGUUCAAAUGCCAAACUUGCAUUUGGUUUGUCAUCUAUGCAAGGCUGGCGUUCAACUAUGGAAGAUGCACAUGCUGUUGUGCCAGACCUUGACAAUUGCACAUCAUUCUUUGGUGUUUAUGAUGGCCAUGGAGGAAAAGUAGUAGCCAAGUUCUGUGCGAAGUAUCUGCAUGCUCAAGUACUCAAGUAUGAAACUUAUAUGGGUGGUGAUUUAGCUGCUUCAGUACAAAAAGCUUUUUUCAGAAUGGAUGAGAUGAUGCGAGGACAGAGAGGGUGGAGAGAAUUAGCUGUACUGGGAGAUAAGAUAAACAAAUUUACUGGCAUGAUUGAAGGCUUGAUAUGGUCCCCAAAGGGCAGUGAUUCUAAUGGCCGCUCGGAUGACUGGGCUUUCGAAGAGGGACCCCACUCAGAUUUCUCUGGACCAACAUCUGGGUGUACAGCUUGUGUGGCUGUCAUUAGGAACAACCAACUCAUUGUUGCGAAUGCUGGUGAUUCUCGUUGUGUAAUCUCAAGGAAGGGUCAGGCAUACAAUCUGUCAAGGGAUCACAAGCCAGAGCUUGAUGUUGAGAAAGAAAGAAUCCUUAAAGCAGGAGGUUUUAUUCAUGCAGGACGAGUAAAUGGAAGCUUGAACCUUGCAAGAGCCAUUGGUGACAUGGAAUUCAAGCAGAACAAGUUUUUGCCAGCUGAAAGGCAAAUUGUGACUUGCAAUCCAGACAUAAACAUUGUGGAGCUUUGUGAGGAUGAUGACUUUCUCAUUCUGGCAUGUGAUGGAAUCUGGGAAUGCAUGUCAAGCCAGCAACUGGUGGAUUUCAUCCACGAGCACAUAAAGACUGAGAGCCGCCUGUCUGCAGUGUGCGAGAGAGUAUUUGAUAGGUGUUUGGCACCAUCAAUAGCCAAUGGAGAGGGAUGUGACAACAUGACCAUGAUCUUGGUCCAGUUUAAAAAACCCAUCAAGUCCAGUGUUGCCAGCACAUAGUAUCACUCUGGUUAGCUGAGCUUGAAAUUAUUUUUGUGGCUCUGCCUUCCCUUAUUGUUCAAAGUGCAAGAUAUGUAACAAUGUGACCCUCUCUUUAGUUAUAUCUAGAUUCACGCAUCUAUUCCAUGUACAUGAUUAGCAUGACUCAGUAGUGGUUGGCUUCAAAAGAUGACAUUUUGUGUCUAAAUUGGCAGGUUCCUUUGGACUGUACAUGUAAUGUAAUUAUUUGGUCUUAUCACAUAUAGAAAGCAUAUUCUUUCUCAUUUA